GUCAAAUAACAGUCAAUCUUUUUCUUUGUACUUCACUUUACCCCUUUCACAUAUACAUUUAAUAAAUUUAUAUAGAAAAAUGAAGUUUACUAUCGCUAGUGCAGUUUUGCUUCUUUGUGGAAGUCAAUUCGUUUUUGCCGCUCCAUCAAAAACUACUUCAAAAGCUUCAUCUACUAAGGAUUAUAUUCCUCAACACUCACCAGUUUUCCCAGAUUUGCCUCCUGCAACCGGUGUAGUUACUUCUUACAAUUAUGGACCUUAUGACUUAAGUAAAACAUUACCUACUUAUACUUUGAAAGGUUAUCCUCCAACAUGGAAAACACCUAGCACUAAGAGUGCUGAAGUCAAAGCUGCUAUUGAUAAAAUCGAUUGGUCUCUUGUCCCUAAAGCUCCUGUUAGAAUUCAAGACGCAAAUGGUAACUUUGUACCCAACACUGAUGGUCCUGCAGAUCCUUAUUGUUGGUGGUCUGAUACUAAUUGUGUUACUCCCAAGAUUAAUAUUCCUCAAGAUUACUACAAAUGUCCUCGUAAAGGAGAUUGGGGUUUGAGUUAUGAUGAUGGACCAUUCAAUCUUUAUACUGGCAAAUAUGCACGGAAGGAAAACCCUUAUGCUGAACCUGCUCUUUACAACUUUUUAGCUGAAAAUAAUAACCAAAAGGCUACUCUCUUUUAUAUCGGUUCCAAUGUCGUUACUUACCCCGCGGCUGCCAAGCGUGCUUUAAAUCAUGGUCAUUAUAUCUGUGUUCACACCUGGUCUCAUCCUGCAAUGACAACCAAGACAAAUGAAGAAGUUGUUGCUGAAUUAUAUUGGACUCUAAGGGCCAUUAAGGAAGCUACUGGAAUUACACCCAAGUGCUGGAGACCUCCUCAAGGUGAUGUUGAUGAUCGUGUUCGUUCUAUUGCCUGGCAAAUGGGUUUGCAUACCGUUAUGUGGGAUCGAGAUACCAAUGAUUGGGCUAUGCCUGCCCCUGGUGGUGGUCACUUGCCUCCUAGCACUGUUGAUGGCUACUUUAAAAAAUGGGUUAGUAAAGAACGAAGAGGAAAAGAUAAGACCGGUCAUAUCGUUCUUGAACAUGAAUUGAAUAGCGCUACUGUUGGCAUGACUAUGAAAUGGAUGCCUACCAUUCAAAAGGUCUUUAAUGUUAUCCCUGCUUUAGCUUGUAAUAGCGUUUCUCGUCCUUAUUGGGAAGAACAAUUUGUCUAUCCUCUUGAAAAUAAACCUGCUGAAGAUGAAGGUGACGAUGAAGAUUGUGAUGAUACAGAUGAUACAGAUGAUACAGAUAAUACCAGCUCUUCAGCAGAAACUGAUAAUUACAACAGUUUAACCGCCUAUAUCCAUCUUUAAGCAAGAAAAAUGUUCAAUAUUUUUUUUAUAAUUUAUUAGUAUUAUUUCCCCUCCCACCACUUAUUUUGAUAUUUUUUUUUAAAUUCCUUUAUUUGUAUUAUUAUAUAAACAAAUGUAAAUAUAAAAUAUUUAUAUAUAUAUAUUUUUUUUUCACCACAUAUAAUAAAGAAAAAAGAUGUUUACAUCCUCGUAUAUAAA